AUGAUUCCAAAUGCAGAAAAUACUGCCUCUACCAAAGCUGAUGAGGAGACAGCACAUAAAAAUGGUUUCAAGAAAGGAAUUUUUGCAACUUCUGGAAUAUUCUGUUGUAAAACUUACCACUCCGUCCAAGAAUUUGAAGACAUUAAACAUCUAACAGAUUCAUCAUUUAGUCUAUUCCUUCGUUUGGUAAUUGUUAGAGAAGCUCUUGAAAAAAUCCUCUCUAUUAAUGCCGAUGUAGCAGAAAAAGUCCAAAAAAGAUCUCAAGUUAGUGAAAUUUGGCCUUAUAACCCUUUCAUAUCUAGCCAGGAUGAUUUCCUCCCAUCCGCAAUUCCCUCAACCAAUCUAGUAACUGGUGAUAUUGAGGAAGUUAGCAUUCAAGAUUUAAAUGUUUAUACAUCUGAUAAUGUAGGCCAGCUUCAAAAUGUCAGAGAAAGCGAUGUUAUUAAUUUAGGAGCAAGUAGCUCUAAAGCAUCUACUGAUGUUGGUCAGUCAUAUUUCUGCAAGAGCGAUGCUAAUAAUUUUGUAGCAAGCUCAUCCAAAGCUCCUGGCCAGAAACCUAAAAGAUAUGUUCAAUUUAAAGAAUUAUCACCAAUAGUUAAUAUUAAGAAACAAUACACUGGAUUUGCUUCUUAA